CUUCCUCAUCUGAUUCAGCAACAGCUACAGGAGAGAGGAGAGUUAACACAGAGGAGCUGCAGUCGACACAAUCGUUUCUGUUUCCGUCUGAAGAAAAAUUAAAUCAAGUUCUCCAGUUGUUUCUCAACAACUGACUCAAACACUGUGUGUAGAUAUGUCUGCUGCCAGCUGUCUGCGAUCUGAAGAUCAGUUUCUGUGCUCCAUCUGUCUGGAUGUGUUCACUGAUCCAGUCACCACAUCAUGUGGACACAACUUCUGUAAAACCUGCAUCACUGAACACUGGAAUAGUAAUGACCAGUACCUGUGUCCCAUCUGUAAAGAAGUUUUUACCAGAAGACCUGAUUUGAGAGUCAAUACUCUGCUCUCUGAGAUGGUUUCUCAGUUCAGACAGGAAGCUCAACAGAAAGCCAGCAGCAGCAGCUCAGAGCAACAAGCUGCCAAACCAGGAGAAGUUCCCUGUGACGUCUGUACUGGAACCAAACUGAAGGCCCUGAAGUCCUGUCUGGUGUGUCUGGCCUCCUACUGUGAGACUCACCUGGAGCCUCAUCUGACAGCUUCUCGUCUGAAAAGACAUCAGCUGAUGGACCCUGUGGAGAACCUGGAAGACAGGAUGUGUAUGAAGCACGAUAAACCUCUGGAGCUGUUCUGUAAGACCGACCAGACAUGUGUCUGCAUGCUCUGCUCUGUUUUAGACCACAAGACACAUGAGUUUGUUCCUCUGAAAGAAGAAUAUGAAGGAAAGAAGGCAGAGCUGGGGAAGACAGAGGCUGAAAUUCAGCAGAUGAUCCAGAAGAGACGACUGAAGAUUCAAGAGAUCAAACACUCGGUUGACCUCAGUAAGAAAGAUGCAGACAGAGAGAUUGCAAAGAGUGUUCGAGUCUUUGAUGUUCUGAAGGAGUCUAUUAAGAGAGGCGAGGAAACUGUCAAAACAAUCAAAGAGAGGCAGAAAAUGACAGAGGAACAGGCUGAAGACUUCAUCAAAGAGCUGGAACAGGAAAUCUCUGAGCUGAUGAAGAGAAGCUCUGACGUGGAGGAGCUCUCACACUCUGAAGACCACCUCCACCUCCUCCAAAACUUCCCGUCCCUGAAAGCUGCUGCACCCACCAAAGACUGGACAGAGGUCAGCGUCCGUCCACCAUCAUAUGAGGGGACUGUGGUGAGAGCUGUGACUCAGCUGGAGGAGACGCUCAGUAAAGAGAUGAAGAAGCUGCUCGCUGAGGCUGAACUGAAGAGGGUCCAGCAGUAUGCAGUGGAUGUGAAUCUUGAUCCCGAUACAGCAAGUAUGUAUCUCAUUCUGUCUGAUGAUGGAAAACAAGUGAACUGUGGUAAUGUGAGGAAGAAUCUCCCAGACAGCCCAAAGAGAUUUAUACGUUAUGCAAGUGUUUUAGGAAAGCAGAGUUUCUCCUCAGGCAGAUUUUACUUUGAGGUUCAGGUUAAAGAGAAGACUAAAUGGGAUUUAGGAGUGGCCAGAGAGUUGAUCGACAGGAAGGGAGACAUCAAACUGAGACCUCUGAAUGGUUACUGGUGUAUAUGGUUGAGAAAUGGAAAUGAGUACAGUGCUUGUAAUGACCCUUCAGUCCGUCUCUCUCUGAAGUCUCAGCUUCAGAAGGUGGGGGUGUUUGUGGAUUAUGAGGAGGGUCUGGUCUCCUUUUAUGACGUAGAAGCUGCAGCUCUUAUCUACUCCUUUACUGGCUGCUCCUUCACUGAGAAACUCUACCCAUACUUCAGUCCCUGUACUCAUGAUGGUGGUAAAAAUUCCGCCCCUCUGAUCAUCUGUCCUGUCAAUCAAACUGCCUGAUCUAUUUUUUUUUUUUUUUUUUGCAACAAUGCAAAUAGUUGACAAAUAAUCUUUACCUUUUACAUUUACUGUACAAAUAUACACCAAAGUACUGAUAUUACAA